AUGUAUAUUUGUAAUAAUGAUGUGUUCUGCUUUAUUAAAAUUUUAAAAAAAGAGCGCCAACAAUAUGGRACAAUUAACAUGAGACAUUUUAGAUUAUUGGCAAUAAAAAAUGGAAUACCCAAAGAAUUAGAAUAUGCUUCGUGUGGCAAUGCAUUUUCAUAUGAAAAAUAUAAAAAAUUAAAAAACAAAAAAGAAGAUUCAUCUUYAUACAARCGGUUAAAAAGGGAAGGAUUAAAUGAUAUGGAAAUUUAUAAAAAAUCAUUUCAGUGCAAAUAUAAUAAAAAGAAGGGUUUAACAAAACUAGAUUUGUAUUGUGAAAAGAAAAUAUUUGAUAAAAUUGAUAAUAUAUGUCAACUUGCGAAAAUGAUGAAUGACGAAAAAAAAUGUUACAAAAAAGUACUUACAAAGUAUGGCUUACCUUUUCGUUUAUGCGGUUUGUUCGUUAUAAUUGCUGGUAUAAUUAUUUUAUACGAAUUUUUAAUGGGAAAAUUAAAGUUAAAUAUAACUGGUAAGGGACCACCAGUAGAGAGUGUACAAAUUGUAGGUUCUAUAUUAUUUUAUGUAUUACCGGUUAUUAUUCUUUUUGUAUUACUUUAUAUAUUUAUAAAAAUCAUAAAAUAUGAUAGGUUAGUAGAUGGAGAAGUAGAAGGAAAAAAGAUUGCUAGGAAAAUUUCCCGGUAUUAUAAUGAUUAA